UUUAUUCCUGAUUAUUAUUUAACCAUGCUUGUCAUUCAUGAACGUUUUAAAAAUCUUGGCUCUCUCUAAUUUUCUCCUUCUCUCUUUCUUUCUCUCUCUCGGAGGACCUGAGCCCUAGGACCAUACGUCAGGACUACCGGGCAUGAUGACUCCUUGCUGUCCCCAGUCCACCUGGCCUUGCUGCUAUUCCAGUUUCAACUGUUCUGCCUGCGGUUAUGGAACCGCCACCUGUCCCAGACCUGCUGUUUUCAACUCUUAAUGAUCUGCUAUGAAAAGCCAACUGACAUUUAUUCAUGAUUAUUAUUUGGCCAUGCUUGUCACUUAUGAACAUUUUGAACAUCUUGGCAUAGUUAUGUUAUUAUCUCCACUCGGCACAGCCAGAAGAGGACUGGCCACCCCUCAUAGCCUGGUUCCUCUCUAGGUUUCUUCCUAGGUUUUGGCCUUUCUAGGGAGUUUUUCCUAGCCACCGUGCUUCUACACCUGCAUUGCUUGCUGUUUGGGGUUUUAGGCUGGGUUUCUGUACAGCACUUCGAGAUAUUAGCUGAUGUACGAAGGGCUAUAUAAAAUAAACUUGAUUGAUUGAUUGAUUGUGUGUGUGUGUUUAAUGGAAUGAGAGUGUGAAUGUUUCCACCAAAAAGAUAGAGAGAACAUUAAGAAGGCAGAGACUGAGGGUGUGUAUAAUAGUGUGCGCGCAUGUGUGUGUUUUCGUGCACCUGUUUGUGAGAGAGUUUAUAGUAGUGUGUGUGAUGGUAAGAGAGACAGAUUUAGGGAACUGAGGGGAAGCUGGAGACACUAUGUCAUGCUGCAACAGAGAGGGAACUGAGGGGAAGCUGGAGACACUAUGUCAUGCUGUAACAGAGGGGGAAUGGAAGGGAAGCUAGAGACACUAUGUCAUGCUGUAACAGAGGGGGAAUGGAAGGGAAGCUAGAGACACUAUGUCAUGCUGUAACAGAGGGGGAACUGAAGGGAAGCUAGAGACACUAUGUCAUGCUGUAACAGAGGGGGAAUGGAAGGGAAGCUAGAGACACUAUGCCAUGCUGUAACAGAGGGGGAAUGGAAGGGAAGCUAGAGACACUAUGUCAUGCUGUAACAGAGGGGGAAUGGAAGGGAAGCUAGAGACACUAUGUCAAGCUGCAACAGAGGGGGAAUGGAGGGGAAGCUAGAGACACUAUGCCAUGCUGCAAUCAUCAAACUCCUUUUCUAUCUUACCUCUCUUUCAUUAUAUUGAUGAGUUACCUAGCUCCCCUUCUACUAUAAUGGGCAGCAGGCAGCAUUCUAUUACUCUCUCUCUCUCUCUCUCUCUCUCUCUCUGUCUCUCUCUCUCUCUCUCUCUCUCUCUCUCUCUCUCUCUCUCUCUCUCUCUCUCUCUCAGCGACAUGUUUCUUACCCUUCUCUCUAAGUUCUUUCUCUCCACACAACAGACAACAGUCUCUCUCUCAUUCGCCUGCAGCCUGUAGUAACCCUCCAAGCUAGCUGUCGUUCCUCCAUCUCUUCAACCGAAAGAUGGAACCUACAGCAAGUAGAUGAGCCAGCCGGUUCAGCCUUCAGCCCAGAGGGAGAGAGAUUCCAGUGUUUGUUGGCGUCGGUGUGCUAUAUGUGUGUAUAUGUGUGUGUGUCUGCCGAGAGAAGAGAGGACUGCCUUCCAGUGUGUGUGUGUGUGUGUCGAAGUGACAGUGUUUCUUUGUUUGAGCGGGUGAGUGAGUGUGCAAGUUUCUUGCUCUGAAUAGUAGGAGAACGGCAGCUCACUAGUGUGUGUUCAUGUAAAUGGAUGCAUGAGCGUGUGAAUGAGAGUGUGUUUUUCCACAGUGUGUGUGUGUCCUCUCUGAGGAGUAUUCGGAGGGCAGCUCUCUCCCCCUGGCGGGUGUGUGUGUAGAUGGCAGUGUGUGUGUGUUCUGCCCUGUUCUCCCUUCUCCUGCUCCUGUUCCUGAGCUGUGGUGUAGCGGGAGGAUACCCCUUCCGAGCCCCCAUAGACCUUGAUGUCACCCCCAGGAUCACUGUGACAACCAGCGGUCUGUUGGGCUGCAGGCAUUUCCAGUCCUCAGUAGUGAACUACAGUACUCUGCUACUAGAGGAGGACAGGGCUCUUCUCUACGUGGGGGCCCGAGGGGCCGUGUUCGCUCUCAACGCCACAGACAUCUCAGACAGCACAGCUCGCACUAUUGAAUGGGAAGCCUCGAAGGAGCAGAAGCAGCAGUGUCUGAACAAAGGGAAAGACGAUAAGACAGAGUGUUAUAACCACAUCAGGUUUCUCCAGAGAUUUAAUUCCACUCAUCUCUACAUGUGUGGGACUCACGCCUUCAGACCUCUUUGUGCGUACAUAGAUGAGGAGAGGUUUAAAGUGUCGUCUGAGUUUGAGGAGGGUAGAGAGAAGUGUCCGUAUGGACCUGCAACAGGCUACACUGGCUUCAUCGUGGACCAGCAGAUGUACACAGCGUCUCAGUAUGAGUUCCGGUGCUCUCCGGACAUCCGACGUAACGACCCCUAUCCCAUGGUGAAGACAGAGGAGGCACCCACACGCUGGUUUCAUGAGGCUGACUUUGUGGGCAGUGCCCUGGUGAGGGAGAGUGAGGGCAGUACUACCGGAGAUGACGAUAAAAUCUACUACUUCUUUACCGAGAAGAGCCAGGAGCAGACACCAUACUACAGCCACAUUAGAGUGCCACGGGUUGGACGAGUCUGUAAGGGAGAUAGAGGAGGUCUGUUGACCCUCCAGAAGAGGUGGACAUCAUUCCUAAAGGCCACACUGGUGUGUUCGCUGCCAGAAUACAACUUACACUUCAACGUGUUGAGGAGUAUUUACACGCUGCCGGGACACACACCUCAUGACACACUCUUCUACGGCGUCUUCGGUCCCGAGUGGAAGAACGUGAAGAUAUCAGCAGUGUGCCGGUUCUCUCUGUCUGAGGUCCAACGGGUCUUUGACGGGCCCUACAUGGAGAAUCAGGACUCUGGAGCCAAGUGGAGCGAGUACACUGGAAAGGUCCCUGACCCACGACCUGGAUCAUGUAUUACAGACCAGUUGAGAUCCAGAGGUAUAAACUUCUCCACCUCCCUGCCAGACGACGUGUUGAACUUUGUAAGGAGACACCCUUUGAUGUCCCAGCAGGUCAUGUCUACAGAGCAGCGCCCCCUGUUGUUCAGGAGGACAACAGACUACACCCAGGUGGUGGCUCACAGGGUGGAGGGGUUGGACAGGCAGAACUACCAUUUACUGUUCAUGGGCACAGACGAUGGCUGGCUGCACAGAGCUGUAGAGGUCAAUGGUCAUCUACACAUUAUAGAGGAGCUACAGCUGUUUGACCAACCACAGCGUGUGGAUAGCCUGGUUAUUUCACAUACACAGAUGAGUGUGUAUGUAGGUUCUCCCUCUGGUGUGGUCCAGCUACCCCUCUCCACCUGUAAUAGGUACAAUUCCUGUUACGACUGUAUCUUCUCCCGGGACCCUUACUGUGGCUGGGAUGGACAGGACUGUUUGGAUAUCACAGCACAGAUUGACAGGUCUAACCUGACCCAGGACGUCCUGUAUGGGAACAGAGGAUGUGACAACGAGACGAUCCAGCACCGGAGCCGGUCUGUAAUGGUGGGAGAUGACGUGCUGCUCCAGUGUGAAAUUAGCUCCAAUCUGGCAACCCCAGUGUGGACUCUGGACGGGUUAGAGCUGCAGGGCUACGGCCUGGACUUUGGUUUCAGGGUGGGCACCGAUGGCCUCCUGGUCAUCGAGUCCCAACCAGAGCAGAGUGGCGAGUACACCUGCCACGCCCUCGAGAACGGCGUCCGGGUUGCUGUGGUUAAGUACUCUGUGACGGUACGUCUAGACAUGCCACACCCGCAUCCCCCACCCGUCGACCCAUCCCAAGAACAUCCCUACUACCCACCUCCUCCACCCCUCACCCCGCUCUUCCACCCCUUGCCCCCCUCCUCUGAGAGGCCCCUGCCACCCUCUGCCUCAGCCCCUCUCCCCCCCACCUCAGAGCUGUCACCCUCUGCCCCGGCCCCUCUCCCACCCACCUCGGAGCUGCUCUCCCCCAGGAGCAUGGAGGCUAUGUACCUGUCUCUGAUCACCAUCCUAGGAGGUCUGUGUCUGGUUCUCACCGUGGUCCUCCUCUACCUGGGCUUCUGUCUGCGGGGCAGCCACAGGGGAAAGUACAAUCUCCGCGCUGCCGCUGCCGCAGCCGCCUCUGCCAAUCACACGGACAGGAAGAAGAAACACAGGAAGCAGCAGCAGAAACACCACAGUAGCUCCGCCCACCUGGAUCUCAAGACCAUCUCCAGCCACUGUAAUGGGAACGGGAUCUGUAACGGUAACGGCGUCUCCAAACAACCGGGGAACGGUGACACGCACAAAGGGGGCUUCCUCCAGAUCGUCCCGAGAGAGGGCCAGAUGUCCCCCAACCAGGACCCCCCUCCCCCUGCCCCUCCUCUCCCCCCCCUGCCCCCUCAGACCCCCCAUACCCCCCUCAACCAAUCAGAGUGUGACUUGCAAGACUUCCCCAGCCCCAACGGCCUAUCGGCGACGUUACCCAGCGUCUUGCGGAGGAUGCAUGGUAACAGCUACAUGUUGUUAAGACAGAGUGAGGCGGAGAGCAGCUCCCCUCUCUGCCGCUCCUUCACUGAGGAACUCAACACGAUCCUGGAGAAGAGGAAGCACACGCAGCUGCUGCCAAAACCGAAUGAGAGCUCUCUGUAGUAGAGGGAACACCUCUCUGUGUCAGGGAGGUAGCUCCCCUGUGGUGGGAGGACUGAACUGGACCCAUUAAUAUUGUCCAUUUAGCAGACGCUUUUAUCCAAAGCGACGUACAUCAGUGAGUGGCCAUUGGUGGCCCAAAACAGAGUGCAGUAGCGAUAUUUUGUGGAUGACCCAUGCUGCUCACAGAGUAGAAUGUUUUUAAACUAGCCUGGACUGAAUUAUGAGAGAAGGAGAUAUCCUGCUUACGUUUUUUGGAUGUAAAAAAGGGACACACGUCUGGUUGAAGUAUUCCAAAGAAACUAUUUCUGCACACUAUUCGGCCCCCCUAUCGCUAUCCCCUGUUUGACACCAAAAGCCAUGGGUUACAGUGAGUACACACAUAAGAACCUACCCCAGCUCAGCAAAGCUCAGCAGGCUAGACCUAACCCAGCUCCAGUCAAUACACCUCCGUCUGGAUCAAUAAAAGAUGAGGCCUGGAAGGGGUGAUUCAAGGGGCAGGCCUCAAAUCUCAGCCCCAUAUUAAAG